GCUCGGCGCUGGCCGCCAGUGAGCCGUCGCGCCGCGCACCGCUCGCGCGUCUCCGCCCGCGCCUCGCCACGUCAACACACAAUACACCGCUAAUGCGUUCUGUUUACAAUAUUACAUUAACACGUGCCCCCGGAUCUAUGGCCGUCGGUAGGGACACGUGAACCCUGCAGACACACAACAACAUCGCCGCCACACCGACAACAACGUUCCUGGCGGCACCGCGCACGGUGCGCCCGCGCUCGUCACGGCGGGAUGCGCGCGUAGCGGCCGGCAGCGUGGCAGGGUACGCGCGGUACGCGGGCGGCGCGGGGGCGUACCAUGCGCGUGCGCCCGCCGUGCCGCUCAAUGCCAAUGGCGAGCCCAUUAAAUUGCCCGAGAACUUGGAGAGCCUGCCUCGGGCGGAGCAUUUUGCUGCCCAGAGGCACCGCUGGAACACUAAUGAGGAAAUUGCAGCAAUACUCAUUAGUUUCGACAAACAUAGCGAAUGGCAGUCAAAAGAAGUCAAAAUACGGCCAAAAAGCGGCUCAAUGCUGCUGUACAGCCGCAAGAAGGUCCGCUACCGACGUGAUGGCUACUGCUGGAAGAAGAGAAAAGACGGGAAGACCACCAGAGAAGACCAUAUGAAGCUCAAGGUGCAGGGGACUGAGUGUAUCUAUGGGUGUUACGUCCACUCUGCCAUCCUGCCGACCUUCCACCGGAGAUGUUACUGGCUGCUGCAGAACCCCGACAUAGUGCUGGUCCACUACUUGAACGUGCCGUACCCAGAUGACAACAAGCUUGCGACAGUGGCACCCAGCCUGGCGCUCUGGGCUGACAAGAAGGAGUGGACGAAGGAUGAGCUGGUCUGCCAACUGAAGCCCAUGUUCUUCAGCGAAGAUGAUCCCGACCACAACAAUGACUUGGAAAUAUCGGGCAAAAUGUUUCAGACAUCGGAAACCGUGGAGGUCAUCGUUACUCAGCUCAUGGAGAAGCAGCGAGCGGCCAGAGCUGCGGCUUUAGCGAGGCAGCUGGAGUGCGGGUGUCCUGACUCCACCUGCAACGACUCCAGGAACUGCGCCCAUCCCAUGCGAAGGGUUCAAGCAGCAAAACCACCACCUUCAGACCACCAAGUAUCGUCAACCACUGGUCCUUCACCAAGACCUAUGUCUCACCCACCGAGGCAGUACACCAGAGACCACAGACCCGCCCAACAAUCGGCAUCUCCAUUACUUCUAUCAUUAGGCCAAAUCCAAGGAGGCGGUGGUCUUCUAAUACUGAACGGAACGAGCAACGGUACACAGCAAAAUUCAUCUCUUGUAUCUCCUCUGUCAGUGACGUCAUUCGUAUGUGAAGAACCCCGUGAUAGGUAUAGGCAGCAGUACAAACCCACUUUUGUUUUAAAAAGGGAGAUUCCAGACAGUCAGCCUACGUGUAUCCAAAAUACGGAAACAAAGUUUGAAAUUGAGCCUAAAGAAGAGAAAAUAGAUGUCGAUGUGUUCGAAAGAAAGAUUAAGGUAGAACCGAGGAGUAGAAACCAAGUGAUUGCAAGUGCGCCUGCGACUCCAUCGCGAUACCCAGAUUUAGUAGAAAGAUUAGAAAGUAAAGUUUUGACGGAUAACUGUGAUGAUACGUUAGUGCUGCUCGGUACUGACGGCAAUUUAGGUUCUAGUGGGUUCUUCGAUGAAACUCUUGAGUUGUCGCACGAAGAUAUUCAGAAGACAUUGUCGGCUAACAUGCCUACUUGUGAGUUGGACAGGAACGGUGUGAGGCAUACCGACACGGCUAAUGUGAUGGUGUCUGGCAUAGAUACGAUGGACUUUAUAGACAGUUGUGAGGUCGUGGCUUCCCCCGCCACAGGAGUCGAUGAUAAUGUGUUUGUGAAUCUGGACGCUUUUGAUAUGUUAGGUGACUUUCCUGAAUUGGAAGUGUUAGAUCCCAAUGCAAUUUCGACAAAUCCUGUGGUGAGUCGGAAACCAUUUGGCAAGCAGUCCUUUUUUCUUAAUUUCCAGCCACUUUGUGAGUCGAAGUCUCCUGUAGCCGAAGAUAGUAAUGAGACGAAGAUGCAGACGGACAGCAGUGGGGAAGGGACACUAAAUAUCACGGAUUAUUCUCCUGAAUGGGCGUACCCUGAAGGUGGAGCGAAGGUUCUGGUGGCUGGACCCUGGACGGACACUUCUGAUCAGUACACUGUGCUGUUUGAUAACUUCCCGGUGCCGUCGAUAUUGGUGCAGAAUGGACUUUUGAGGUGUUACUGCCCAGCUCACGAGGCAGGUCUAGCAGCAUUACAAGUAGCCCGAGGGGGUCGAGUGGUAUCAGACACGGUAGUAUUCGAGUACAAGCCGAACCCAGCGCCCGCGCCGUCGUCACCUGCGUCGGCGCCGCUGCCGUCGCUGGACUUGAGACGGUUUUCCUUGCUGCAGCGCUUGCAGCGGUUGCAGGGGCGAUUGCAAAUGAAGAUUGAGCCCGCUGAUGAUAAUAGCCAGAUUGAAGAUGUACAGCUAUACUCGAACCCAAAAUUUGAAGAGCGUCUGGUCUCCUUCUGCCGGUCCCUAAGCAACCGUUCGACUGGAACUUCUGAGGGUUUUACCACGGAGCCCAAUGAGGAUAGUUCCACUAUCCUGCACUUGGCUGCUGCAUUAGGAUAUACCAAGCUAACUACAGUGCUGCUCAGGUGGAGGCAGGAUGAUACGAGUCUUGCGUUGGAGAAGGAAGUCAAUUUGGGGGCGAGGGACAGUGAGAAUUGUACGCCGUUGAUGGUAGCGAGCGCGGCGGGGCACGUGGAGACAGCCGUGGUGCUGGCGCGCUGGGCGGCCGGCACGCGCCGCGAGGCGGGCGCGCGCGGCGCCGCGCACGCCGCACGACGCGCCGGCCACGCCAGGCUCGCGGCGCUGCUGGAUAGAAUACACCCGCCGGCUAAGGAUGGAGUGUUUUUGAGGCCGCAUAGUUUAUCCCAAAAGAGUCGCGCUGGUAGUCUGGAGAGCAACCUGGUGAAGCGGCCAUCAAUAGACUCUGGAAUCAACAUGGCCGACGCCUUCAGAUCCAACUCUGCUAUAGACAAAUCAGAAAGCAGUUCCUCUGCUAGAUGGGAACGAAGCAUGUCACUCCCUUUAGAUUCGGAUACGUCGGAAGACAGUCUGGGCGACUCGAAGAUCGGCAGGCGUAUGGACCUGGCUCUCUGGGAGCAGGAUGACCGAGUGUUCACGCUGGCGGAGCAAAUCAUAGCCGCCAUGCCAGAGAGAAUAAAGAACGAAAGCUCGUCUCUGCUGUCGGGGUGCGGGCUGGACAGCGGCAGCGGAGGCGGCGAAGACACACUGAUGGUUCCACUUCUAGACGACACCACCACCUUCAACAGUGACUUUACUUUUGAGUUCUGCGACAACACAUACAGGUACUGUGGAGCUUCAACCCCGUGUUCAUCAGGCUCCGUAUCCCCGGGGUCAGCUGCGUUAUCACCACCACCACCGUCACCACGCUCAGCAUUAUCUCACCCACCACUAUGUACAACCCCGUCUGCGACUCUGCAAGAGUUUCUGAAUGCUACCACGCAUUUCUCUAAUCUUACGUUGAAUGAUCGUGAACAAAGGGAGCUCUACUCAGCAGCCAUCACGAUUCAGAAGGCUUACCGUCAGUACCGCGGCAGGCAGCUGCAGCGAAGAGCUGCGGCCGCCGCCAUCACCAUACAGAAUUGCUAUAGGAGAUACAAACAGUUUGCGUACUUGAAACAAAUGCACGCGGCGGCGACGGUGAUACAGCGCGGCUACCGCGCCAUGCGUGCUCGCAGGAUGGCUACUACACCUAUCAAGAGGACAUACUCACAGAGGCGUCAAAAUCAAGCUGCAAGGAAGAUUCAACAGUUCAUGAGGCAGUCAAAGAUCAAGUUGCAGAACGCGCGAGCCGAAAGCGUGAGGGGGGCCCGGCGGUCGCCGGAUGUCCGCCAAAACUCGUUGCAGCGCAUCACCAAUACUCCACCCACGCCCAAUAGGAUCGUUGAUUACCUUGCACCUGAAUCGCCAAUGAACGUGGACGAAGACCUUCUACUUGAGCUUCUGUUUAAAAUCUAACAACGGCAGUUAUUCAACGGACUCUAUUUGUUUCUACAACUACGUUUAGUUCAAUUUUAUCUUCUAUCGUAGAUUUUAAUUCAUCCUUCUUUAACAAGUCUAGAUUUUCUUUUAGAGUUGUAUGUCGUGGUUUAUUUACAUCGUGUAUUUCAAAUUACGUAUUAACAUCAACUGCCUUUCACAUUAUCAAAACUGACAUAACUAGGCUACUUCACGAAACAGGUUUCUUAUCGGAGUUGUGAACUUACUCAGGCCUUCGUCUAUUUGAUAUGUUUUAACUAUUCUUUUGUAUAAUCGUAUUUAUGGUAGAUGAUACUAAAAGUUUUGACUAUCACGUAUCGCUGUGUACAUUUUCUUUUCUCAAAGCACCGUUAUGAUUCGAUCCCCAAAACAAUUUAUUGACGUGAUUGAACGGAUAUAUUCGAUAUGAUGAAUGUCGGAUUCGUUCUUGUUAUGUGAUUUCCGCAGUUCAUCUGCGAUAAUGUAAAAGGAUUAUAGCAUCGUGUGUGAGUCUAGGAAGUAAUUAUGUUUUCCUUAGAAAUGACUUGUUCAGAGUUUAGAUUUCGAUUUAUUCUUUAUUUUAAACUCUUCAGGUCAUAGACAGGGUUAUAUUUAGUAUAAAUUUUAUCGUAUUUGUAUUAUAUUUUCAUAAUGUAUUUUUGAGAUAUUUGUUUAGAACAUUUAUUGGAAUCAUAUUUUUGAAAACUCUAAAUUGGAUGUAAAGUAAUUAAACCUAGAUCAUCAAACGUAUUGGCUGAGAAUUUUCGUAAGACUUGACGCAAAAUUUUUGGAAAUUCAUAAAAUUCUAUAAAAAAUGGUUGCGUAACGUUUGGCUAUUGCGGUUCACGUCAAUUGCAAACGAUUUGAUAUUGAAUUUUAACGUGAGACUUUCAGUUGAUCUUUUGCUUCGAACUUUAGAUCGAGUCAAAACUUGAAUUCUAUUCUAUGAAUGAUUUCAGCAAUGGAGUUUAAAAUAUGUAGGUUAAGUACAAAUUCAAAUUAUUAAAAAGCCACUGUUCUUAUAAAGUAGAUGCACUUAGCGUAUAAUACAAUAAACCCGACGAGCUGUGAGUAUUUUGAGAUUUUAUCGUAUUUAAGAGAAAUAAAAGUAAUUACGCAGUUAGUUUCGGUCGAAAGUUUACAAUAGGUUUCAUUCCAGCCUAAAUAGUUUUAAUUCUUUUAGUCUAUGCAUUGAAGAUGAAGCCUUAGAUAUCAUCGAACAUGAUCUACUAUCUUUGAGACUCUCCUGUAGAUUAGAUCUAAUCUUAUGAAGGACCUUCGACCGGUUUACCAAUGCCUUGGUUUCAAUCAGUUUGUCGUCUUCUCCGCCACUGUCAUUAAUUUCGUGUUUCUCCCCUCUCCCCUAGUUCCUAUUUCAACAAGUGCGGAUUCUUAAUAUGAAUUUUCAUCAAUUACCUACAUCUACUAUUAGUUGUUUAGAUAGAGAUGUUUUGUUUUAGAUCCUCGUUAUGCUAACGCCAUACCUACCUAGCGUUCAUGAAGAAAUAAGGUUGUGCACCACUUAAAUAUAGAAAAUAAAAACCUAAAUAUUCCCUUUUUCUGAAUUUUCUGAUAUUUUAACGUAGUAAACAUAGUAAAGUUUUAUAGUAUAAGAAAUAAUAGAAUAAUCAUAGCUUAACCAUAAGAAGACGUGCUACAGUCGAGAUAUUUUCGAUUCGUAUUUUUAUAAAGCAAAAGUUUCGAACGAAUAAGGACGCUUUGCUUGAGCAGGGCCCUGGUACUUUGAGUUCUCAAACUUACUUCUAGUAUCUCGUUUAACUUUCUUUAUUACGUUCAGUUUUAUGAUAUUUUUAAUUAGAUUUGAAACUUAGUUUCUCUUGAAAAAUUCUUACAACUUUCUGUGAUUUUAAUUCGACUGUUCGUACAUUCCGAUAUAUUCCUGUUUAUUUAGAUUUUGAGAGGCCCAGAGUUGAAUAAAGUGGGUAAAAACGUUGGUAGAUUCGUAGCAAGCUUUUCAAAUUUUCGGUGUACGAACACUGGUUUGUUGGGGAUGUACCAACGUUUUUUCGAUUAGAGGAAAAAUAAACACGCGACGAGGAUUGAGAAAAACCGUCCAGUUGUGGCGGCUUUUGCACCCUCCGGCGGCGAUCGGCAUGCGUCGCAAGUAUCGCGGGCUUGCUGGCGCGCGACAGCGGGCUGCGGUACAGUCGCGGUACGAGCGCGGUACGGGCGAGGUACGAGCGUGGUACAGGCGCGGUACGGCCGCGGUACAGCCGCGAGGCGCUCCGGGGGCGCACUAAUACAACAUGUAUAUUUCAUAUUUUUGGAUCGCUAAUUUUAAGAUGUUAUAUUUAUAUAUGUAUAUGUAGUAAUGGCGGGUACGAUACCAGUAUUUCGAGAUGUAUUGCGCCAAAAGUUUUGAUGUAUUAAUUUUCCAUAAAAGUUAUUCUAUCAUUUCAGUCUUGAUUUUCGAACAAAUAGUUCGUUUAGCUAGUGGUCAUGCGUAUACCUAUAUUUUUAGAUAGCGUGCACGAUUGCUUAUGGAGCGCUGAUAAUGUUAUUAAAAUGCGAAACGGGCGGAAAUAAGACAAAAAAAUAAAUUUAAAAAUAUUUUUCUCAGUAACGCAGAACCUCUGAAAGCAAUAAUAUUUUUGUGGUGAAUAAACUCCGAUUUGUAAAGAAAGAGUAUUUUAAUAUCCACGCGAUCGUCACAAUACAGUUGAAAUAUAGACGCUUCUUAGUGCCGCCGAUAACUGUGGUUCUUUUAUUAUCCUAUCUUAUUUUAGUAAAGUGUGAACAUUAAUUUAAAAAAUGCCAAAGUUUACCUUUUCUGUUUUAAAAAAGAAAUGUCAAUUACCCAAAAAAUAGUAAAAAAACGCAAUCAUUUUUGUAAAAAAAAACUUUUAUCGAGCCAACUCUUACAAACUUUGGUUUAUGGUGUUAUUAAUUUUAUCUUUUACAAAUGAACGAAAGCAAUAAAAACUGUUUUAAAGGGUAAUAGAAUUGACACACUUACGGCAAGGCUUAGUAAUUGACCACAGCUAAAAGAUAGUGCACUAGAAGUAGAUAUAGUUAGAUAAAUUACUAUUAUAUGAAAUAAUAAAAAAAAAAAACUUGAAAUCUAUACAUAGAAUUUAAAACUAAAAGUUUAACUAAUACUUUUUAUUAUUAUAUUAUAAGAAGCUUGUUCACACAUUUUAACUUCAUAUUUAGUAAGUACUUCUAAGACUAAAAAAGAUAGAAAUUGUUACUAACUGGUACUGGAAUGAGAUAUAGUGAGAAUAUGAUUGGAAUUCUUUUAUCUUUUAGGGUGGGCCGUAACUAGUUGAGCUUUAUGAAUUUGUUAUGCCGUAGGCAAGUUUCUUUUGAGGAAAAUGUGAUAAAAAAGUUGCAAAAGGCAUUUAUUUGUAGCCUCUAUCGUUUUAAUGUAGAUCUAAGUUACAUACGUCUGUUAUUUGAGUGAUUUCUUAAUUCGCAUUAGCUUGCGUAUACUUUUGUCGAGGUUAUUUUAGUUUUAGUCAUUUUUACUAUUAUUUUAGUUUCAUAAAAAUAAAAUAUUUUUAGUUUAAAAAAUAUUCGAGAAUUGUAAAAAAUAAAUGGCUAAAACUAAUUUCAAUCACCUGUUAAAAAUAUGUUUUUUUUUUUUAUCAAAAUGAGCCUGCCUAAAGUAUAUUGCAUAUCACUUAGAUACUUAAUUAUAACUUUGAAUGUUUUCAACACUCGCGUUUGAUAUUAGUUGUAUUUUUUGUUAAUAAAAUGCUAGAUCUUUAGAAGUUCAUUUAAUAAUAAUAAUAUUUCAUAGCUGCUAAAUUCUUCUCGUAGGAUUGUAAUAAUAUUUUGAAGAUAUUUUUUUGUCAAGCACGGAUUUUUAGUAGAAAAUGUCUAGGCAAUUUUUUAAAAUAAUUUUUAAUAAUUUUAAUAAUGCAAUAGUGCCUGAUUUAGUCAUGAUAAUACAGAAGUUUUCUGUCAAUAAUAUAUUUAGUUACUUAAACUCUAGUCAUUUUUCUGUAGAGAAAUAAAUAAUUUAAUUUUUCAAAAAUCAUUACAAUCCUAUACUUUCAUAGCUAGCUACUAGUAUUAUUGCUUUAUAACAAAUUUAUAUAUAUAACGAGCGUUUGAUAGCGAAUUUUAUGAUGUUAUUUAAUUUUCUAAUUAAUAUAAUUGUUUAUAUAUUAUGCAAUCUUAAGCGUUGUAUGUAAGUUUUUCUUUAAUAUUAGCGAAUAUAAGAAAUUGUUACGUACUGCCAGUUUCAAGGUUCUAACACCAAUAAGGAGGGACGAAUGAAUGAAUAGUGAUUGUCCACGAAAACAACAUAGAAUCUCUUUUAUAUUUGAAUAUUCAAUCUUUGGUACACAAAAUUCUAUGGAUUCUAAUUGAAUUUAAAUAAUUACGUAAACUGUAUUUUUGUCAUCUAUUUUAAUAGUAAAUGAACUUGAAAAUGAGUUGUAAAUAAUUUCCGAAAAAUUAGGAUUUUUUUCAUGUCACGAUUUGUUUUUAGUCCUUGGUGUUUUUUUUAGUAUUUUGUGCGAACUGUAAAUAAACAAUAUUGUUCCUAAGUAUUUAUAAUCGUAAUUAAUCAUGUACUUAUUUCUUAUGAAUGUAUUCUAUAUUGAAUAAUGUUUUGUGAACGAGUAUUGAUUUCAAUGUUUUUUUUUUCCACUUAUAUUUAAUUUUAAAUUACAAUAAAAAUGUUACUUAAUAAAUAUUCAUUUCAUAACGAAUGAGGAAUAGCGUUAUUAUUUUUAUUAUUUUAAAAAAUGUUGCUUUUAUUUUAAUAGCUAUUUUUAUUUAGUUAAAACUAAAGAACAAUUAAUUUUAAAUUUUAAUUUAGGUUUUAUAAAAAAUAAUUUAAGUAAUGAAAAUAAUAAUUAGUUUAUCGUUUUUGUAAAAUAUUCUGAGAUGUUGGACACGAGAGUGCAUGUCGACGAGCUGUUGGAUAAGUGUACUUUGAACAAAAAAAUAAUCUUCCUUUGUAAUUAUUAUAAUCUAUAAACACUACAAAAUUGUGAUUCAAAGCAAUUUAAAAUAUUACUGCUGAUUAUA